AUGGCGAAACAAGCGAAGGACGAGGUGCAGCUGAACUGCGGGGUGUACGGCUUCGCUGAGAUCUUCUGCGUGAACAUCGCGCGCGACGCAGUAGUUGCCGACCUGCGCGAUGUCAUUGCUGGCGUGCUGGGCUUUCGCUCUGGCUCGCUGACGCUCCGCGUGGCGAGGAAAGGCGGGGAAGGGUGGCUGGAAGACAAUGACGAUCUGGACACUAUGCUGGCGGGAGAUGUUGACACAGCCUUCGAGAUGUUGGAGCCGACAGCGAAGUUACCAGAACUCCUCAUCAAUCACGGAGAGAAAUACGGGGUCAUUCACGUGCUGGUGGAGCGCCCGCAAGAAGACAUUCCUGACCGGGAUUCGUACGCCAUGGCAGAACUUUACAAGAGCUCAAGCGAUGCUGUCGACCUGAACGACCCAAAUACGAUAAACCGGGUUGUAUGA